AAAAAGAAAUAAUGUAAGUGAGUUAUAAAGACAGCUUUUGGAUCCGCCACCUGCAGUGGCGGCGCCGCCAAGAUGCAGAUUUUCAUGAAGACCCUGACAGGGAAGACCAUCACUCUCAAGGUUGAACCUUCAGAUACAAUAGAAAACGUAAAGACCAAGAUCCAGGAUAAAGAAGAAAUCCCUCCUGACCAGCAAAGACUGAUCUUUGCUGGCAAGCAACUGGAGGAUGGCCAUACUUUGUAUGACUACAACAUUCAAAAGGAGUCCACGGUCCAUUCUUCAUCUGUGUGGAGACUUCGUGGUGGUGCUAAGAAAGGGAAGAAGUCUUAUACCACUCCCAAGAAGAACAAGCAUAAGAGAAAGAAGGCUAAGUUGGCUGUCCUGAAAUACUUAAGGUGGAUGAAAAUGGCAAAAAUCAGUCGCCUGCGUCAGGAGUGCCCUUCAGAUGAAUGUGGUGCUGGAGUUUCCACGGCCAGCCACUUUGACAGACACUACUGUGGCAAAUGUUGUCUGAUCGAUUGUUUCAAGAAACCAAAAGACAAGUAAUCGUAUACUGGUUACUAAAAGACAUGAACUAAUGAACAAUAAAAAAAGGAGUAUCAAGACAUUAAAAGGCCAUAAAAACCUCCUUCCUAUUAGCAUGGAACUUAGGAGUCUGUCAAUUCUCUUGUCUUUGGAGGAAGCAUGAAGGAGAAUGCUGUGGUUUACUUACUACAUCAAAGGAUGAAUUUCUUGCCCAAUCUCAGGAAUAAACCUGUCUUCCAAAAAAUGAUAUGAUGCAAAUUAUUUGAAUAUGCCCUCUGAAGUCUUUAAAACAUGUUUUCCCUCACUGCAGACUAUUUCUGUAGUUACUAGUCCCUAACUAUAAAACGUUUUACUUACUAGUAAAAUGGGUUUUUUUUUAAAAAAAAAAACAACACCAGCCAAUACCUCUAGUUCAACAACCAGUGCCAUUUCACUCCUGUGCUGAAUUAAGGAAUUUUCACAUCAGUCCCCAGGCCAACCUGGUCCCCAGUCCAGCCUCCUAGGAACAUA